AUGAAUAAAAAAACAAAAAAUUUAUCAAAAAAAUAGUUUAAUAAAAAAAAAGGGAUUGGUAUUCUGUUUUAUCUUUUUUUGUUUACUUCAUUUUGUCUUUGGCAAACAGCUUGUUAAAAUGGGAUUUUACUCCUUGGUAUUUUUUCUUUAGAAUAAUCUUUGUUUUUUAGUCUCUACAAAAUUUAUUUAUAUUAAAAUUAAUCUCUUAAUACAUUUUAUAUUUAAUUUUAGUUUCUCAAAAUAAAGACUAAAAUAAAAUUGCAGGGAUUAUUCUCAAAACAUGAAUAAAUUUUGGAGAACUAAAAAAAAUAUGAAGGACAAAAAAAAAAGUAGUAUAUUUUUAUAUGUUAAAAAUAAAAACAUAUUUUUGCAAUAAAUGAAGCGAAAAUUAGACUAAAAACACAUCAAUCACACCUAAUUGAUAUUUUUGCAAUAAAUGAGCGUAUGUUAGUGUGUAAACCUCACGUACAUAAUUCAAUUCAUACAUAUCAAAAAACAUAAAAAUAUUUAAUAUUAAUCAUUGAUUUAUUUAUUUAAGAUUAAUUUUCUCUUUAAAAUAAAUUAUUCACUUUAGAAUUCUCAAUCUAGUUGCCUAGAAUGAUAUGAGAUGAAAUGAUUUAUCAUUAUAUGUUCAAUGAACAACAAACUCAUAUUAAAAGGAAAUUUUAAGAUACAUUUUAAAGAAAUCAUUGUAAUGGUAAUAAAAGAGACAUAGUCUAUCUAGUCCACAGGCAGAUUAAACCUAUAAUUCAAAUUCCUUCAUCUUGUUCAUCAACCGAUUGAAGCUUUUAUCUCCCUACAUAUUCAUUUUGGUUUAUACCUUAUUUUAGUUUCAAACUUAGGCCAAAAUCAAUUGCCUUUUCACAUUUCCAAAAAGAUGAAAAAUAGUAGGUCUAUAUCCUAAUUAAGAAUUGUUGUUUUUUGAAAUUGAAAGAAGUUUGGCCUUAGUAAUAAUUAACAUCCAACCACAACCACUAAUAAUAAUUACUUUACUUUUCUGUCCAAUUUGGCUGCAUGCCAUAAGCAUUAUGAUCAAUACACUAUCCUUAUUUUACAGUAUAUAUAUAUAUAUAUAUAUAUACACCUCUACAGUCUACACUACACAUCUAUAUAACUAAACAUAUACAUAUUCAAAUUCCACAUUCUAAAACAAUCCCUUGUUCCUCUCAUGUUUCCCACACUUUCAUUCUGGUUAUAUAUUUUCUUUUCUUUCAACUUCUCCCAAAAAACAGUUACUUAUGCACUAGGAAACAAAACAGAUAACUUGGCCUUACUCAAAUUCAAAGAAUCAAUAUCCAAUGACCCAAAUGGAAUAUUGGCCUCUUGGAAUAGUUCAACUCACUUUUGCAAGUGGCAUGGAAUCACAUGCAGCCCCAUGCAUCAAAGAGUUACAGAGUUGAACUUAGCAGGAAAUCAGUUGCAUGGAACCAUAUCUCCCCAUGUUGGAAAUCUCUCUUUUUUGAGAAACCCCAACCUUGGAAACAAUAGUUUAUCCGGAAAAAUCCCACAUGAACUCGGUCGUUUGUUUCGGUUACAGCGACUCUUUCUCACCAAUAACUCCAUGACAGGAGAGAUUCCUACAAACUUGACAGGUUGUUACAAUCUUGAAGGCUUAGACUUAAAUGGAAAUAAUUUGAUUGGUAAAAUACCAAUUGGAAUAAACAAUCUUCAGAAGCUUCAGAUAUUGAGGACUUCAAAUAACAAUUUAACCGGAGAAAUUCCAACAUUCAUAGGAAAUCUUUCAUCCUUAACAAUUUUGUCAAUUGCUCUUAAUUACUUAGAGGGAAAUAUUCCAUAUGAAAUUUGCAGCCUAAAAAACUUGACAAUAAUCGCGGUGGUUAGCAACAAACUAUCUGGUACAUUUCCUUCUUGUCUUUAUAAUAUGUCAUCUCUUACUAUUAUAUCAGCUGCAGAGAAUAAAUUUAAUGGCUCUCUUCCAUCCAAUAUGUUCAAAACACUCUCCAAUCUUCAAUAUUUUGCAAUUGGAGGAAAUGAAUUAUCAGGUCCAAUCCCCAUUUCUAUUGCAAAUGCUUCUGCUAUAGAAGCACUUGACUUAGGUUAUCAAGCCAAUUUGGUUGGAAAUGUUCCAAGUCUAGGGAAGUUACAAGAUCUUAGAUGGCUGAGUUUGGGAUCCAACAAUUUAGGUGACAACUCAACUAAGGAUUUGGAGUUUUUAAAAUCACUAACAAAUUGUAGUAAACUACAAGUGGUGUCUAUAUAUAGUAAUAAUUUUGGAGGUAAUUUGCCAAAUUCUGUAGGAAAUUUAUCCUCUCAACUUACUCGACUAUAUGUUGGAGAUAAUCAGAUAUCAGGAAAAAUUCCUGCAGAAUUAGGAAAUCUAAUUGGCUUAAUUGUCUUGAGCAUGAAACUUAACCACUUUGAAGGAAUGAUUCCAAAUACUUUUGGGAAGUUUGAUAAGAUUCAAAAGUUAGAAUUGAAUGGAAAUAAGUUGUCAGGAGAGGUACCAUUCGUAAUAGGAAACCUCAGUCAAUUAUAUCAUUUGAGUAUAAGAGAUAAUAUGUUUGAAGGAAAUAUUCCUUCAAGUAUAGGAAACUGCCAAAAGUUACAAUACCUAGACCUUUCACAAAACAUUCUUAGAGGAAACAUACCCUUGGAGAUUUUUAGUCUUUCCUUUUUAUCAAACUUACUUAACUUGUCAAAAAACUCAUUGAGUGGUAGCUUACCAAGGGAAGUUGGUAUGCUAAAAAGUAUCGAUCGGAUAGAUGUCUCUGAUAAUCAUCUAUCUGGUGAUAUUCCUGAAACCAUUGGUGAAUGCGUUGGUUUAGAAUACCUCUUUUUGCAAGGUAACUCUUUCAACGGAACCAUACCGCUCUCGUUGACUUCACUAAAAGGUCUUCAAUAUUUAGAUCUGUCAAGAAAUCGGUUGUCUGGACUAAUUCCUAGUGUUCUACAAAAUAUAUCAGUUUUAGAACACUUGAAUAUUUCUUUCAACAUGUUGGAAGGCAAUGUACCAAAAGAAGGUGUCUUUGGAAAUGUAAGUGGGUUAGUUGUGACUGGAAACAAUAAGCUUUGUGGAGGUAUUUCAAAGCUUCAUCUACAACCAUGCCCUAUCAAAGGUAUGAAACCUACAAAACACUGCAAUCUCAGGCUAAUAGUAGUAAUAGUUAGUGUGGUACUUAUUCUUCUCAUUGUGAGUAUCAUUCUAACUAUAUGUUGGAUGAGGAAAAGAAACAAGAAGCAAAAUUCUCAUUCACCAACAGUUGACUCUAUAGCUAAGGUUUCAUACCAAGACCUUCACCAAGGAACUGAUGGGUUUUCUGCUAGAAACUUGGUUGGAUCAGGAAGUUUUGGUUCUGUGUACAAAGGAAAUCUUGUAUCAGAAGAUAAAGUUGUUGCCAUAAAGGUCCUCAACCUUAAAAAGAAGGGAGCUCAUAAGAGUUUUAUUGUUGAAUGUAAUGCACUAAAAAAUAUUAGACAUCGAAAUUUGGUUAAGAUUCUGACAUGUUGUUCUAGUACAGAUUACAAAGGUCAAGAAUUUAAAGCUUUAGUAUUUGAAUACAUGAACAAUGGAAGCUUAGAACAAUGGCUACAUCCAGGAACAGUGGAUGUAGAGAAUCAAAGAAUGUUGGACCUUGAUCAAAGAUUAAAUAUCAUUAUUGACAUUGCUUUUGUGUUACAUUAUCUUCAUCAUGAAUGUGAGCAAUCAGUCCUUCAUUGUGAUAUCAAACCAAGCAACGUCCUUCUUGACGACGACAUGGUUGCUCGUGUGAGUGAUUUUGGCAUAGCAAAACUUGUCUCAGCCAUUAACAACACCUCUCAUAAGGAAACUAGUACAAUUGGAAUUAAAGGGACUGUUGGCUAUGCUCCCCCAGAAUAUGGAAUGGGUUCUGAAGUGUCUACAUAUGGUGACAUGUAUAGCUUUGGGAUACUUAUGCUGGAAAUGCUUACUGGAAGAAGACCAAUAGAUAAAAUGUUUGAAGAUGGUCAAAAUCUGCAUGUGUUUGUUGAUAUUUCAUUUCCUAAUAAUCUUAUACAGAUUUUGGAUCCACAUCUUGUACCAACAAGAGAUGAAGAAGCAACAAUAGAAUGUGGAAACAUUGGAACUUUCCCUUCCAUUGUAGAGAAGUGUUUAGUUUCACUUUUUAGGAUUGGACUUGCUUGUUCAGUGGAAUCACCAAAAGAAAGAAUGAAUAUAGUGGAUGUCACAAGAGAGUUAAGCAUAAUCAAAAAGGCUUUUCUCUCUGGUGGUCACACUAGUGGUUAGUUAAAGGUAAUUUAAGAAAAAGAAGUGUAUGUACUAUGAUGCAUUGCCACAAGAGUUGAAUGCAAAUGCAAAAUUGUGUGACAGAUUUCCUUCCAAUUCUAGCCAUUUGAAUGCCACAACCCAAAUAACCCAUUCUUCAUGUAAUAUCUAUCAUAUACUACUACUUGAUAAAUGUAAAUAUAGUAUAAAUGAAAAGUGGACUUAUUGUAUUUUUGA